UUCCUCCUCUGCGUCCAGUUCAAGCUCGUCAGUAUUACGAAAGUGCCCUAUAACGUUAUUGCACCGACACGCGCUACAUUUUCUACCAUUAAAUUUCCACUUACGGGUAUGAAAGGACACGAUAACGGUGCAGUCUUUGUCACCAGGCCCAAGAGGACACACGUAGGCGCGAGGGUUCAGAAACUCAGAAGAUCCAAGCGCAAUCCUAGAAUCAAGCAAGAGAAUCCCUCAAGCCAGGAACCAACGAUUCAAGAGCCUACUCCACCUUGCACGCCACGUGUACGACGUACCUAUUCGUAUCGUCCAGCAGCCGCGCUGAAUAAAAAUAUCACUACGGCGAUUAACCAGAGAUCUGAUAAACUUGAAUCAAAGUAUACGGGUUCAGUUCCCUGUCAAAGUCAAGGCCCUGAAACCUCCAAUCAAUGUCAGGAGCCGGGAGAAAGGGGGGGCCCAUCUGCCGAGAUAGAGUUUCAAAUACAGCAACCAACAGUCAAUUGGGAUUGCGUCUCUUAUGUAGUUUCAGACCAAAAGGUGCAGACCUCCUACGAAAAGCCCGAGAUGACCCCUUCAGAAGUGGACUCGGACGGGAACACGAUUCCCGGCAACAGGGUGCAAGCAUAUGGCAAAAUGGUAACAAAGACUGUAACUAUGACUGUAACCACAACCAUUGCAACGACCGAAAUCUUGCGCCCAGGCGAAGAGGGUUACGAAGAGAGCCUCGAGCGUCAAAAAAGACAGAGAGAGCAGGGACCAGAGGAAAAGCAGAAACAGGAGAGGCAAUAUCACGAGAGCAGGAAAUGGGCAAACGGGGACAGGACAAUGCACGAGAAUUUCCAUUUCUCACACCACAGGGCUGCGCAGCCAGCCCCGUCCACUGCAAUGUAG